GUCUCUUGUUCUCAACGUCCAUCUCCUCGUCUCCCAGAUGCCUAAGAUUCGGACAACAAGAACGAAAAAGCCGCCAGAAGGCUUCGAGGAUAUCGAGGGGGUCCUCGAUGACUACGCAAAGAAGAUGCGUGAUGCCGAGAACGAGUCGCAUGAAGGCAAGCGCAAGACUGAAUCUCUCUGGCCCAUAAUGCGCAUAUCGCAUACCCGCUCACGGUACAUAUACGAGCUGUAUUACAAGCGCGAGGCCGUCAGCAAGGAGCUAUAUGAUUGGUUGCUGAAGGAGGGGUACGCUGACGCCAACCUGAUUGCCAAGUGGAAGAAGACCGGCUACGAGAAAUUGUGCUGUUUGCGUUGCAUUCAAACCCGAGCUCUACUUGCGUCUGCCGUGUGCCUAAAGCCCAAGUUCGGGCGGGUACUAUUGUUGAAUGCGUGCAUUGUGGGUAUUCCCGAAGCUGUCAUGGAUCUGUUCAAGAGGAACGCUACAGAACAGGCGGGAGUCUUUGCAGGUUUGAAUCCCGCAUCGUUCAACUCUAACGACCCUUUCCCGCUAUGGGUCAUUCAGACCAUUAUUGGAGGCGUUAUCCUUGGACCCACUGUCAUGGGCAGGAUUCCAAACUUCACGCAGUCGAUAUUCCCGAAGGACUCGUUGCCCAUGCUCAACCUGACUGCCACCAUUGGCCUGGUAUUCUUUCUUUUCCUAGUGGGCAUGGAAGUGGAUAUCCGCAUCGUAAGACGGAAUGCCAGGGCAUCGGCUGCUAUCUCCAUUGCAGGCUUGGUCGUCCCCCUUGGGCUAGGCGCUGCGGUGGCUAUUCCCAUUUACAGGGAAUUCGUAGACCCCAGUGUUAAUUAUGGCUACUUCAUCCUUUUUGUCGCUGUCGCUAUCGGCAUCACCGCGUUCCCAGUCCUAUGUCGUAUCCUCACAGAGGUGAAGCUCCUUGACACCACUGUCGGUGUUGUUGUGCUCUCGGCCGGCGUAGGCAACGAUGUGAUUGGGUGGAUUCUCUUGGCACUUACGGUCGCUCUGGUCAACGCAUCUACAGGCUUAACUGCUCUGUGGACCGGAAGCUUGGAGGCUGGACAACCGAGUGCUAUGAUGAUGACUCUCACACUUGUGAUUGUCCUGGCUUCAGCAUUUUUUACAGACAUUAUCGGCAUCCAUGCUAUAUUUGGAGGGUUUCUGGCAGGCCUCAUCAUUCCGAAGGAGAACGAAUUUGACAUCGCGCUCGUUGAGAAACUUGAAGACCUCGUUGGGCUCCUGUUCCUCCCUCAGUACUUUGCUCUCUCCGGCCUGCGCACCGAUUUUGGAACCUUGGACACCGGCCUCACUUGGGGGUACACGAUAUUAAUAUGUGUUGUCGCGUUCUUCUCCAAAUUCCUCUCCUGCGGCUUGACUGCGAAGGCAUUCGGUUUCAAUCCUCGCGAGUCAGGAGCCAUCGGUAUACUGAUGAGUUGUAAGGGCUUGGUAGAACUCAUUGUUCUCAACGUCGGGCUGCAAGCCGGUGUUCUCAACACUCGCGUCUUCUCUAUGUUCGUCUUGCACGCAUUGGUGCUCACCUUCCUAACGACUCCCCUUACCCUCUGGGUUUACCCCGCACGAGUCCGUGUCCGCGUCGGAACUGUCUCUGAGAAGCAAGGGCCAGGCGCAAGGACGGGAGAGGAUGGCGAUGGCAUUGCAAGGACCUCCGAGGGCUCUCUCAAGACCAGUUUUGCCGUUGUCCUCGACAGAAUCGAGCAACUCCCGGCAAUCAUGACGAUCACGCAGCUCCUCCAACGUCCUGCGCCAUGUGGGGCUCCACCUCCCAUGUCUGAUGUCUCACACACUACCACGAAGUCAUCUGCAGGCGACAACGUCAAUCUACCAGUCUUGACCUCAGCGGCUGCACCGCAUUCUCAGCCCACCGCCAUUCAUGCUCUCCGACUCAUCGAAUUGUCAGAACGAACGUCGGCGAUGCUCAGAUCACAAGCAGCGGACUCGCUUAUCCAAAGCGAUCCCGUCCUAUCUGUUUACCGAACCUUUGGCCGCUUGAACCGCUUCUCGGUGUCGACCUCUCUUUCUGUUGUCCCAUCUGAAGAGUUUUCUGCGAACGUGACGGAGCAUGCGCUGGAGAAUAAAUCGCAGAUGGUGAUCAUUCCAUGGAGCUCCUCUACCGUGGCGGUGGCCGACGAAUCUAUCGCAAGCUCCAGUUCCUCGACUCCUUACAAUCCAUUCGAUGGUCUGUUCAGCAAAAGUUCGGGAAACUUGAGGCUGGAGCACACGUCUUCUGUCGUGUAUUCACAGUUCGUUCGGAGGGUCUUCGCCAACAGCCCUGUCGAUGUAGGAGUCUUCAUCGACCGGGGACUCUCCUUGAGUGGUUCACAAUCUCAUAUCUUCCUUCCCUUCUUUGGAGGUCCCGAUGACCGCCUCGCCCUGUCCUUCGUCAUUCAAUUAUGCAACAAUGAUUCCGUGACUGCCUCGAUUGUGCGAAUCAAAAAGACGGAUCUGGACGCCGAUUCGAUCACCUCUGAAAUUGCGAUGAAGUCGCCAGUGACUUUCCCAGGCAUCACGAGCUCAAAUACGCUGACCUUCCCCGACACGGUCUACGGCCAACGUGACACUCAAACGCGUCUUCAGUCCGAGACGGCGGAUAACAUCCUGUGGUCGCAGUUCACGUCCUCGGGCACUAGCCAUUCCCAGGACGUCGCAUCCGCCCUGACGCGCAUCACGUUCACCGAAGAAUCGACGUCGAAGCCCCUGCACCGCACGAUCGAGAUGGCUGCACAGCUCGCUCAGUUGCCAAGGUCGUUGUUCAUCGUCGCCGGCCGGUCGAGACGCAUGGCCGUAGACUCUCACCAGGCGGAGCUUCGUCAGCUCAUAGCGGAGAAGGGGAUCAGCGUUGGAUCUGAGGCGCCUAAAACUCUGGGAGACGUAGCCGCUGCAUAUGUCGCGACUGGGGUCAAUGCCAGCCUAGUCGUGUUGCAAGCCUGUGCCUGAUACGAUGCGAUGUUCGAUUGCUUCAUCCUUUUACGAUCUCACGGAAAACACUAUUUUUAUCUUCUCCUGUACCGAUAUUCUUCAUCCUGUGUCUCGCGUCUGCGAAGGCAUAACCUCUGUACUAUC